AUGGAUCCAUUUAGCUUGACUGCUGGAACACUUGGGAUCGCUGGAGCAGCGCUACAGAGCAUAAAUGCUUUAAUCCAUGACAUCAAGGCUAUCAGAGAUGCACCCGACGUAUUGGCAUCCCUCAAAUAUGAGCUAGCGGCCGUAGAGGCCAUUCUUCUGGCCUUGGACAGUGCACAAAAGACCUCUAAGCUUGACCACCUUACGGACGAUGCGAGACAAGCACUAAAGCUGGCUGUUACGAAUUGCCAAAAAGCGUCUGACAAUUUCGGUAUGAAGCUGGCACGAUGGACCAAGCGCUCGGAUGCAAAGAUGCGCGCUUGGGAACGUGUCCAUCUCGGCGUCUUUGCUGAAAGAUCUGUCGAGAAAUUAUGUCAGCAGCUCAACCGCUAUGAGUCCACUCUAAACAUAGCAAUAAGCACUGUUACCCUGCUGUCGGUCGCAGCAUCUGACACUACCUCCGAAGCGAUACAACGAGAGAUUUGUAUCAAGGAAACUGAGCUCACUCAAGAGAUCAUCGAGAUUAACAAUCAAAAGGCCGUGUCGGAAAAGGCCUUGCAGAGCAUCGCAGAAGGGCAGCUCUUAGAUGACCCUCAAUAUAGCACCGAAGCGAUUCAGCAACUCCAAGAUCAAGAUGCUGGACUAGAUAAUUCUCGAAAGCUACUAGAAGAGCUGCUCGCGGAGGUUUGCCACGUGAGCAUGGAGCAAACGAUCACAAAUGUUGACAUUAGUGACGGUGGAAAGCUCCUCGUCGGUCUAGUCAAUACCGAUGAUGAUAAUGGAGAGGUUCGUCAGGAAAUUCACAAUGUUAAAGCCACAAGCCAAGGCAAGGGGAUCGUGGGAAUGGCCAAAGGGUUCGAUGUUAAUGCGUUUUUCAAAAACUAG